UCGACGCUGCCACGUCAAAGUGAGACGGGAGACUGCUUGAAUGAAGUGGCAUUUUUCAACAUUUAAAAGAGUUUCGUCUUCCGAGUAACCAACGGGAGAAUAGUAAUUAGUCGAUAUGCGUGUUUUAUUAAUUUCUGUGGCCAUAGCCCUUCUGGGUACCGUUCUCGGAGAUGAAGUUCCAACAGAAGAUAAUGUAUUAGUGCUAAGCAAAUCUAACUUCGAUAGUGUUGUUUCAACUACAGAAUUUAUUCUUGUGGAAUUCUAUGCACCAUGGUGCGGUCAUUGCAAGUCUCUGGCGCCAGAAUAUGCUAAAGCCGCUACAAAGUUGGCGGAAGAAGAAUCUCCUAUUAAAUUAGCGAAGGUGGAUGCCACGCAAGAACAAGAUCUCGCCGAAAAUUAUGGAGUUAGGGGUUAUCCAACUCUCAAAUUCUUUAGAAAUGGAAGCCCUGUUGACUAUUCAGGUGGUCGGCAAGCUGAUGACAUCAUCAAUUGGUUGAAGAAAAAGACUGGUCCACCUGCUGUGGAAGUCACAUCUGUUGAGCAAGCUAAAGAACUCAUUGCAGCUAACCCAGUUAUUGUCUUUGGUUUCUUCCCUGACAAGGAGUCUGCUAAAGCCAAGACAUUCUUGGGAAUUGCUAGUGUUGUCGAUGAUCAGGUGUUUGCUAUUGUUCAAGAUGAAAAGAUUAUCAAAGAAUUAGAAGUUGAGAAUGAAGAUGUUGUUCUCUUCAAAAACUUUGAAGAGCCACGUGUGAAGUAUGACGGUGAAUCCUUUGAUGAAGAGUCAUUCAAGACCUGGGUGUUUGUUCAGAGCAUGCCCACCAUUGUUGAAUUCUCCCAUGAGACUGCCUCUAAGAUCUUCGGUGGACAAAUCAAAUAUCACCUCUUAUUAUUCUUAUCCAAGAAAAAUGGUGAUUUCGACAAAUACGUUGAAGAACUCAAGCCCGUUGCCAAGAACUACCGCGACAGAAUCAUGUCAGUCGCUAUCGACACCGAUGAGGAUGAUCACCAAAGAAUCCUGGAGUUCUUCGGUAUGAAGAAGGAAGAAGUGCCUUCUGCUCGCCUCAUCGCUCUCGAACAAGACAUGGCCAAAUAUAAGCCUCCCACUGACGAGCUUAGCGCAAAUUCGGUUGAGGAAUUCGUGCAAUCAUUCUUCGCGGGCACGUUGAAACAACAUCUGCUCAGCGAAGACCUACCGUCGGACUGGGCCGCCAAGCCUGUCAAAGUGCUCGUCGCCACCAACUUCGACGAGGUUGUUUUCGACACCAACAAGAGGGUUCUCGUUGAAUUCUACGCGCCAUGGUGCGGCCACUGCAAGCAGCUCGCGCCCAUCUACGAUAAACUGGGCGAGCACUUUGAAAAGGACGACGAUGUGGUUAUCGCAAAGAUCGACGCUACCGCCAACGAGCUGGAGCACACCAAGAUCACGUCCUUCCCCACCAUCAAAUUGUACACAAAGGAUAACCAGGUGCGCGACUACAAUGGCGAGAGGACGCUGGCCGCGCUCACGAAGUUUGUAGAGACGGACGGCGAGGGCGCCGAGCCAGUACCCAGUGUGAGUGAAUACGAAGAGGAAGAGGAAGCCCCAGCUAGGGACGAGUUAUAAGUUCUCGGCAUACACUCUUAUGAGACUUCCAUAGUUAUAGUUCUGUAUAGAUCAUAAUUUACUUUUAUACUUAAUCUAAAAUUAAUUUUGCAUUUGAUUUGCUAGACUGUUAUUAUAUAAAUUAUGUUGAGGUUGUACUUGAUUUAUGUACUCUUUAUAUUUCGACAAAACAAAGAAAAAAUUAUAUUUAAUGUAAUAAUACUCUUAUUUUUCACCCAACGUUAAAAGUGUCAGAUCUCUAAAAUGUGCCCACUUCGGAAUAUGCAUAAUUUAUUUAGUACGAUCAGCAGCAACUUAGUUUAUGUACAAUACUAAAUUGUAUUUAUAAUUUCUGUAUCAUAAUGGCAUAUAUUAUAUGUAUUUAUUAUAUUAAACAUUCCUUAGUACAAGUGAGUUACAUUGAACAAUCAUUUUUAUUUUGUAACUUAUUUUUAUGUGACAAAUUUCUCACCUUGAUAAUUCAUCACAAGAAAUAGAUUUUAUUCACUGAAGGAAAUGUAUUUUUGUAUGAAUUUUGUUUCCCAUUUGUUUUUAGUGUGGGUAAAACUUAAGGAGCGGUGCUUUAUCAAUUUCUAUGAGAAUCUUGUCUAUCCAUAUUUUUAUAUAAUUCUGAAAAAAAAAAUGUAAAUAUGCAUAUCUACUACAUCGCCAAAACUGCAUUCGGUGUAUCUAUUGUGGAUACAGAAAUUGAUAAAUAAAAAAUAAAUUAUGAA